GCAGUUUGGCCGUUAGAGAGGCGCCGACAGACCCCAGAGCAGGUGAGGAGUUGAACCGAGCUGUGGGUGAGUGGUGGUGGUGGUGGUGUUAGUCUCUCUGUGUGAGUCUGUGUGUUAGUCUCUCUGUGUGAGUCUGUGUGUGAGUCUGUGUGUGUGUGAGUCUCUCUGUGUGAGUCUGUGUGUGAGACUAUCUGUGUGAGUCUGUGUGUGUGUGAGACUAUCUGUGUGAGUCUGUGUGUGUGGAACGGUCGUGUAGCUGACAGCGCGCCGUGCUAUUAACUGCGAGACCCCGAGGUGGAUUCUCAAGGCCAACAACAGUGACAAUUAUCUGAACCGGUGCUGGGCCUCCCCUAGGUCGACUCAACCUCGAAUGAGUACCUGGUGCAGUGUGUAAAGAUCACCACUAGGGAGACAAAGGCGGCCGGGCGUGGUGCUGGCAAUCCAACCCCCUCGUGUGUAGUGCCAGCCUUCAUACGUACUGCUGGCUAACAGCACUUUCCCCUACAGACUGUUAAGUCUCUAUGGGGAUCUUUGUUUUUAUUUCGAUUUAAAGCUUUCGUGACUGCAGGGAUUCAUCUUCAGUCAUCUGGAAUGCUCUUCCGACAUUAGGAAGUCACUGGAGCGAUGCUCUUUUAAAUCUAUAAUUUUUGCGAACUUUUUAGUUUAUUGUCCUUCCCCCUCACUUCUGAUUAGCAGGGUUGCCGAAGCACGGUGCAAACUAAGUUCAACAUACAGACAUAACUGGUAUUGGCCAAAAUAUCCAAGUCCCCUGCAAAUUCCUCAAAUUGGGAUCACACAGCAGACGUAAUGGCAGCAGCGUCACCCCCAUUCUCUGUAAAUCAUCUGCAGGAACCUCCUGAAAAGGAAUCAAAAAAAUGAUCACCGACAGCUGUUGUUGUUAUUCUCUUGCCUGCAGCAAUCCUGGCUUUCUUUGGCCCUCAAAUGACUCAACGGGAGAAGCUGGAGCUUGCCGCCAUACAGGAAGUAUGGUACUUUGCGCUCCGCAACAGAUCCCGGGGACUAAAGAACGAUGGAUACGACGAUCACGAACAUCAUUACAUUCCGGUCCAGCAUGAGCACCUCCACUACCGCUAUGAGGUGCUGAAGAAGAUUGGGGAAGGAGGUCAAGGCCAGGUGAUCCGGUGCUUGACCACAUGAGGAACACCCUGGUGGCCGUGAAGAUCUUGGUAUCACCAUUGAGCUCCAAGCGUGAUAAAUUUCAGAGAAUGGAGAUCAAGAUGGCUCUGGAACUUCAGGGCGAGGGCAGUGAUGAGGACUACAACGUCGUCAAAUUCCUGAACCAUUGUCUUGGAGCUGUUGAAGGAGAGCCUCCAUGAUGUUAUUAAGGAAGCGGGGCUCCGGCAAUUGCACAUGGGGAUGGUGAAAACUUACACCAGGGGCAUCCUCAAGUUCCUUUGCCACACCAAGGCCAGGAGCAUCAUCCAUGCGGACAUCAAGCCAGAAAAUGUUCUAAUCAAGGACACCGUGACCGGCACCAUCAGGGUCACAGACUUUGGCACCAGCUUUUUUGUGAAAAGUCAACAUCGUGUGGGCAUGAUGUUCUGCCCAGUCAAGAGAAGGGUGCCAGGGAGCUUGUCACUUCACGGGGCACUCAAUAGCCACGACCCGGAGUUUGUUGAAUUCGUCAGCUCCUGCCUGCGAUGGGAUCCGGAUUGUCGCAUGACGCCAGCACAGGCGCUGGGUCACAGCUGGCUCCGGACCGCGGCCACCAGCACCACCAGAAAUGCCACCACCACUGCUACUCCUGGCAGUGUACAGUGUUUUGGAGCUGCUGAGCGACGGUAAGCCACAACCCAAAUACACCGAAAUCCCUAACCCUCUAAACCCCUCAACCUCUAACACCCUCAACCCCGAAACAUCAUAACCCUUGAAACACCCAAAACCUCUAAACCACUUAUCCCCUAAAAACCCCAAACCUCUAAACCCCUAAGCCCAUAACCUUAUAAACUCCUAACCCUCUAAACCACUAAUCCUUUAACAAUCAAACCCCAUAAAUCCUCUAAACACCUAAUUAUCUGAACCGAGAACCCUUUAAACCCAUAUCCUUCUAAACUGUAACCCUCUAAAACCCAACCCUCAAAACCCCUUUACCCUUAAAACCAUAACGGUCUAAACCCAUCACCCUCUAAAAUCCUAACCCAUAAA